UCUUCUGACUUCACUUCACCGUGGCCAGGAAUCUCACACACAGCGACCAGAAAGGCGUGCAAAUAAAAACAAUCGCCACGCCUAGGAACGGGCCCAGAAUCUCUUGGUUGCGUGUGCGCCACUCACUCAACGUGUCUUUCUCACUGCUCAUCAAAUCUUUUUUCUAAGCGUCAACAUGAUUCGCGUCGCUGCGCUUCUCGUGUGCCUUGCCACGGUGGUGGUUUCUCAACGGCCAGAACCUUGCGAUACUCCGCUGGCCUGGGAAGCACGCGCUUCGGCGUAUGACCACGGCGCGGGACAGAACAACCGAUUCCGCAUCAGCUACGAUGCUGUGAACAAGCGACGUCGUAUCCUGGAGGAGAUCGACGCGUUCACACCAGGCAGAGAGUUUUAUGAGUACCUGGAGCUAGGCAAUGAGCACAAGAUCUACAUCAUUAACCAGGCUACACGUCAUUGUGAGGUGCGCGAGGAUCCCUACUUCCGUAUGUACGAGAUCCCCAAGAACGCCACGUUUGAGGGAGCCCACACAAUCGGCUUUGGUCUUGACGAGAGCUUCGAGGUCCAUGAGUGGUCUGACCGCAUUGCUGCCGGACGUUUGACGUGGAUUGGUGGGUUCACGGCCCGUAGCUGUGUCCCAGUCAGCGAGGUCAUCUUCAAGACCAACAUCACCAACUCCGUCACCAACCAUUUCUAUGACAUCACAGGAGGUAUUUCAGACCCUAACAUCUUCAUCGUACCCACGGCUUGCAGCCAGCUAUAAGGCGAGAACUGAUGCCGGUGCCAUGUAUCGGUGCCGUGUGUGUGUGUGUGGUGUGUGUGUCGGGCCAGCAUGGCAGUCGGCGUGGCAUGACAUCGGGCCACGUGAGCUGCGUCUGGCAACCGUGUGUUCCAUGCCUCAACCUGGAUGUGAGAAUGCUGCUGUAACUCUGCCAUACAUGCUCACACCAACAUACCAACACACCGACUGUGAACUGCUCAUGUUGUUUUAUACGCGGUGUUUUGCGAUGCGGUCUUUACGCACUUCUUGUAAACACCACAUUAGUUUUCUUUCUCCGUCUUGUUGUGUUUAGGUGAACUACUUAGUUUUCCUGCCAUUGUGCGUCCACCGGUCUUUCUCUUGCGUUGCUUCUCUAGUACUGAAAAGUAUCUUGUAGAAUAAUGUUUGAAAAAAUUUCUCGGGGACAGGAAA